GUUGUCAUUGCUUUUUAGUGACUAAGUCCCAUUAUUUUUAUUUUAAACAGUUUAGUCCCAUAUCAUAUCAGCACUCUACGCUAUGGUUAAGCCGUCAGGGUAAGCUUUGAGAACAAACAUUACUGCCCGCCUCACUUCUCGUCUUUUGCAUACAUCUUUUCUUUCAGAAAACCCUAAUUCUGCAUCCUCACGCUCUUGUCGUCACUAUGGAUAUUGAGGAGGAUAUCCGUGCAUUACAGCUUGAUUCAGCAGCAGAAGAGAAUAAUGGGGUGCCCAAUCCUGAAAGGGCAAAGCCUGAAGUAGUUGAUAAGGAUGAUAAGAUGGAGGAAGCAAUCAUGCAUGGUAGAACUCUUAAAUGGGUGGAGAUUACUUUAGAAACCAACUUCCUUCAAUAUCCAAAGGAGGAGGUGCACACAAUUUCUCACGCUAUUAAUCCUGAGCCAAAAGUGAAAGACAAGGAAAUAUCUGCACCACAGGAUGUUGAACUGGAGGAGGCUGAAGUAACUAAGAAGCGACACUUGAAUGUUGUAUUUAUUGGUCAUGUUGAUGCUGGUAAGUCCACAACCGGAGGUCAAAUACUAUUCCUUAGUGGUCAGGUUGAUGACCGUACAAUCCAAAAGUAUGAGAAAGAAGCGAAGGACAAAAGUAGGGAAAGCUGGUAUAUGGCAUAUAUUAUGGACACUAAUGAAGAGGAGAGGAUCAAGGGUAAAACAGUAGAAGUUGGAAGAGCACACUUUGAAACAGAGACAACUAGGUUUACAAUUUUGGAUGCACCUGGUCACAAGAGUUAUGUUCCAAAUAUGAUUAGUGGGGCAUCUCAAGCUGAUAUUGGAGUACUGGUAAUAUCAGCUAGAAAAGGAGAAUUUGAAACUGGAUAUGAGAAAGGUGGACAGACCCGUGAACAUGUGAUGCUGGCUAAAACCUUGGGUGUCUCUAAGCUGCUCAUUGUUGUGAACAAAAUGGAUGAUCAUACCGUGAACUGGUCAAAAGAGAGGUAUGAUGAAAUUGAGACAAAGAUGAUACCAUUCUUAAAGUCCUCAGGGUACAAUGUGAAGAAAGAUGUCCAGUUUCUUCCAAUCUCUGGUUUGAUUGGCACAAAUAUGAAAACAAGAGUACAAAAAAGUGUAUGCCCAUGGUGGAAUGGUCCUUGUCUCUUUGAAGCCCUUGAUGCCAUUGAGGUUCCUUCACGAGAUCCUAAAGGUCCAUUUAGGAUGCCUAUAAUUGACAAAUUCAAAGAUAUGGGAACUGUUGUGAUGGGAAAAGUAGAAUCCGGUAGUGUGUGUGAAGGUGAUUCCUUGUUGGUCAUGCCAAAUAAGGCUCAAGUAAAAGUUAUUGCUGUAUACUGUGAUGAAGAUAAGGUUAGGUGUGCGGGGCCUGGCGAAAAUCUACGAGUGAGAUUGGCUGGGAUUGAAGAUGAGGAUAUAAUAUCUGGUUUUGUCCUGUCAAGUGUUGCCAGACCGAUAGUUGCAGUCACUGAAUUUGUUGCCCAGUUACAGAUCCUUGAGCUGCUGGACAAUGCAAUUUUUACUGCUGGCUAUAAGGCUGUCUUGCACAUUCAUUCUAUUGUUGAGGAAUGUGAGAUUGUUGAGCUAUUACAGCAAAUUGAUCCAAAGACAAAGAAACCCAUGAAAAAGAAAGUUCUCUUUGUGAAGAAUGGUGCCGUUGUUGUAUGCCGCGUUCAGGUGAAUAACUUGAUAUGCAUUGAGAAGUUCUCAGAGUUUCCACAGCUUGGAAGGUUCACUCUUCGUACAGAAGGAAAAACUGUGGCAGUGGGAAAAGUGACCGAUCUUUGUGCUAGUGCAUAACCAAUUUUGUUACUAGAGGAUGUUGCCUGAUUUCCUUCUCAUUGUGUUUGGAGCAUUUGCCAUGGCAGGCUAGCUGAAUCAGCAGAACAACUUUUGGCGAGUCUUGAUUGAUUGAUUGCAGCUGAAGGAGUUGAGAUGAUAUAUCAUUAUUACUUACGAGCAAUCGAUAGAGAAAUUGUUUGGAUUCAGCUAUUGGGUAUUGCAUUGCAUUGCAGAGGUGUUGGUAUCAUAGAUAUGUUAUUGAAAUGGGGGCUUUAACAGCGGAUAAUUGAUAGUUUGUUGUUUGAUGGGUGUAAAUUAUGUACUGCUUCAGCCAUUACAAUUUUUACAACUUGAUUAUAGUUAUUAUAAUUUAUGAUUACAAUCUGCUUGUUUGAUUAAAGUUAUGUAUCAAACAAACUGAGUUUGAGGCAGCUUGAGCAUUGCUCAAAUUGACUUUAAAAGUUAAAUUGUUUUUCAGUUGAGCUUUAAGUUUCAAUUCA